AUGGAGAAAGGAGCGAAGACAGGGAGAGAACGAAACCCUAGAGAUUGGUUGGAUCCUUUUAGACCCUGUGUGCCACAGAAUAGUUUAUUGCUGAUGUGGUGUGUGGCUAUGAGCCUAAGAGAACUGUGUCAACUCAAGAACCGAGGAGGGAGGGAGCAAGCCACCGUGAUCCUCAGCCCUUCUAGCUCAUCAGAUUACAGAGAAUCAGAGAUGGGGUGUGUGUCGUCCAAGAUCCUGGCGAAAUCAGGGAGCUUUCAGGAGAAGGUGAGCUGCAGCCUGGGCCACAGCUUCCAGAGGAGCAGCGCGAUCGAGGAGAUCAUCCUGUCCACCUCUAAGAGCAACGGCGACCAGUUCCUGGCCCUCCUCCGCAGCUCCACCUCGUCGGCCAGGAAAGCCAAGGAGCCCGCCGAGGUGCAUAGCCCCGCGACGGCGCCGGCGCCGGCCGAGCCGCCGGCCAAGAUCGAGACGAUCGACGUGUCAGAGCUGCUCGCCGGCCUGGAGGAAGAGGGCUGCUGCACGGCGGAGCAAGCGCGGGAACGGCGGCAGAGCAGUCGCGACGGGUCACCGGCUCCGUGGCCCGCGUCGGUCUCGGACGGCGGCGCGGCCGGGAGGGCGAGGAGCUUCCGCACGGUGGAGGAGUUCGACGCGAUGGUACUGACGCAGCAGCAGCAGCACACGCAGAGCGAGAGCGGCUCGUCGUCGGAACGAGCGACCGCGCUGGCAACCGAGCAUGAGGAGGAGCUUGCUACAGCCACGGCGGCGGCGGCGGCUGCGGCCUCGACCGCGGAGGCAGAGCUUUCAGGCGGGUCCGGAUCGAAGGCCGCCGCUGGAGCCAAGAGGCGGGCGAGGGCGCGGCAGCUGGGCGAGCUGAGUGUGCCGGCGGCGGCUUUCGACUUCUCCAUCUCCAAGUCCGGGAGCCUGCGGGACUGGCUGCGCCAGGGCGGGCAGAUCUUCUCGCCGGGCUCAUACGUCACGCCCAGGUUCGGGACGUCGCCAACGCCGGCUGAGCGCGGAGGAGGAGCCGGCGGCGAGCAGCAGCAGGCGCUGUUCGACCCGGAGCUGGUCGCGCAGUUCGAGCGCGCCAUGGAGCAGCUGUCGGAGGACGAGGGCCGCGUCCUCGACGAGAUCCUCGAGGCGCUGGAGCUGGAGGCCGUGGAGAAGGAUGGCGCGGCGGCGGCGGUCGGCGGAGUGCGCGAUGGUCAGCCGGCUGACGUGGCGGCGGCUGCACUUGUGCAGCAGGUCUAG